UUCUGAUCUUGAAGCUAUACUGAGAAGUAUCUUUAAGGAUGGCCAAUGCUCAGACUUUACCAUAUCUUGCCAGUGCCAUGACUUCAGAGUUCAUCGAGCCAUAGUCACCCUUUUUUAAAGGUUGCGUUUAAGGGUGAGUUCAUGGAAGCAAAAGCAUUACACGUCAACCUACCUGAUGAUGAUGUUCAAACUAUUGAGUCUGUAUUAAGAUUCUGCUACCUCCAGGACUAUCGGCAAGAUGACGAAUCCUUGAAGUUAGAUCCAACUGAAGCUGUGAAAGAGCAUCUGCGGGUUUAUCUAGCCGCCGACAGACUGGGCAUAACUCCUCUCAUCGAUCUUGCUGCUACCCGAAUCAUCAAAUGGGCGCAAAAUGGUUGGUCGUCCAAAGAUUUUUCAGGCAUUCUCCAGAGAAUUUGGUCAUUAGUUCCACCUCAUCAGACCAUUCUCCGUGAUGCUUUGGUGGAAUUACUGCAUCAAACAUUGGACACGAUCUCACUGAACCAGCUGGAAAGACAUUCCUUCUGGGAUGUCCGGAUUUCACGGUCGCAGUACUGGAGCGAAAAACUGAAAAGCAUGAUCAAACUAUUAAGCAUAUGAAUUAGCUCACAAUACAGAAUUGGGCGUUGAAUUCAAAUACGCAAAACUUCAGAUGCCGAACUUAGAAGGCAAUUGUUGAUGGUCCAAGAUGGUAUUUUGCAUUACACCACUUCUGUUGUAUUUCCGUCAUGCUUAAUGCUUGCCACAGAUAUUCCGAACCACUAACCCCUAUGUGAUGGUGGUUGUUAGGUUGUGCUCUUUUAUGAUUCAAUUCUCAGCUUGUUUGGUCUAAUCUGGAUAAGAGAAACUCGUAUCACUCGCUAUACAUCUAUUCCAUGUAUUUUGUACACUAGAUGCUUGAUACU